AUGCAUCGGCUCUAUGGACACGCGCUGAAGGCGGCGCCCAACGUGCCAUCUCGAGAUGCUCUAUUUGUUCCAGCUGGUUGGGACAGUCGGGAGCGAGUGGACAAGACUGCUUCUGCCCUGGAGGGCGGGCUGGACCGUGCCUAUGAGUCUGUUGUCCUCUCUUUGGAGCCACCACCUCCACCACCGCGUGAGCCUUCGGUGUGGACGUGA